AUGGAUGCAAAUCUUCAUAACAGCAUCAGUGAUGAUGAUGAAGAUGAAAGCUCAAGUGAUGACACAUCGGAUGAUUGUCAAUCAAAUGAUACAGACAUUGAAGAAGACGAAGAGGGAAGCGAUGACAUGGAUCAUAAAAUCCAUCUAGCAUUGAAAGCUAUUCAUGCUGCAAACAGUUGUGCUGCAAAGGAGAAUUAUGGUCGUGCUUUUGCCUAUUACUUACUUGCAUUGCAACUUCAACCUAAUUGUAGAGAUUCAAUUCGUAGCCAUUUUAUUAUAGUAUGCCGUAAAUGGUGCGAUGAAUUGGAAGCAUUAGGUAAAAUUGAUGAUAUGUUCAAUUGUUAUGAAAAUGCUCGACAAGCUUUACCUGAUUGUGAAGAGAUUUACAACAAUAUUGGUGCUAAACUGUUCAAGUUUGGCCAUCGAAAUUCAGCUAUCCAGUAUUUCCAUAAAGCUUUACAAAUUAAUCCACAACUUGCUCGAGCUACCGAAAAUCUACAAAACAUUUCUAAUUUAUUAGUCGAACGAUGGCAUUUCUGUAUGCUAAAUGAUAUUACUCGCAAUUCAAGUUAUCGCGAUGCAAUCGAUCGUGCAAUCGCUAGCGAUGCUCGUGCUAGUGUAUUAGAUAUUGGCAGUGGAAGCGGUAUUUUAAGUAUGCUGGCAGUCAAAGCGGGUGCUAAAGAUGUAUAUGCAUGUGAAAUGUCCGAUGUAUGGCAUGAUAUUUCCAAACAAGUCCUCCUCGAUAAUUGUAUGGACAAGAAUGUUAAAUUAAUUAAAGCUAAAUCGACUAAUUUAAUGAUACCAGAAGAUAUUCCUGAUAGGGUAUCUUUAGUAGUUACUGAAACUUUAGACUCUGGUGUCUUGGGAGAAGGCAUUAUUAAAUUCAUUCAACAUGCCUGGCGAGAUUUAUUAACAGUAAAUACCGCACCUGUUCAAGAUGAUAAUAUUACCGACUCCAAUCAAUUAUCAAGCCAUAUUGAUAAUAAGAAAAAUCAUCCAGUUGGCAAAGUCAUUCCUGCCGGAGUAACCAUUUAUAUUUGUGCCAUUGAGUGCGAAUAUAUUCGUCGGGAGAGUAGAUUAUUACACAGCAAUAUUCAGGGAUUGGAUGUAAGCAAGUUACGCUUGAUUGGUAAUAGUGAAAAUAUGGCUAUCAAUAAAGUCGACGAUUACAUGGCAGAACCUUACACAACUGAACGUCUGGCAUUUCUUCCUGGUGGUUGCAAAUAUUUAACCGAUGUCUGCAGUAUAUUACAUCUCGACUUUAACUAUCCACAUAUUCUUCAUCCUCCAAUGUACCUUAAUAAGAAAUUCAAAUUAAAACUAGAUUGUGUACAAACUGGGCGAAUUGAUGCUAUUGCCAUGUGGUUUAAUCUACAACUAGAUGAUAAGAUUGCUUUUACAACAUCGCCUGGUAGCAAUCUCAGCUGGGAACAAGCAAUUUAUCCAAUCAAUUCAAGUUCUUUGAUGGAUAAAAUCUAUACCGCUAGUGUGGUUGACGGCAAUGUCAAUCAAACUGAGAUUGAUAAAUUGCUAACAAUGCAAUCACAAGAUAUGGUUGAGAUCUCUAUCCAGUGUACACCUAAAUAUGUCGAUUUAGAAGUUGAAAAUAUUUAUGUAUAUAAUAAGCAGCUUAACUGUAACACGAUUCGGUUACCUAAUCAAUCUGCAUUCUUUCAUGGCCCAGCUAGCGAGCUCUUUGAACAUUAUAUUGACAGAAGAGAAUUAUGCCGGUUGAAUGAUAGUGUUUAUCAUUCUCGGUUUUCAUUCGCUAUUAAAGACUUGAUACAAAAGAUGGCGUUAAUGAAACAAUCAGAAGGCAAUGAUUCAACUAUUAAAGUUAUGGAUUUAAUGCAAGGUGUAUCUUUGAUUGGCAUUCUAGCAGCUCAACAAGGUGCUGAAGUAAUGAUUGUUGAUCCACCAAAUGAUUUCGAACAAUUAUAUAGUAGAAUAAUUGAGUAUAACGAUAUUAAAAGUAAAAUUAGUCCAGGUUGUGGAGAUUUCGAACAAGAUAUAAAACAUUUUGAGUGGGAUAUCCUUUUAAGUGAAAUUGUUGAGCCAUCUGGCGUACUAAAAGAACAAAUUUUAGAAGAUAUUCACUUAGCAAGGCAAAUUGAAUCUCAAAGAAAGAGAUUCGUCAUUCCUAAUAAAAUUACGGUAUAUGGCUUGUGCAUCUCAUCGUUGCCUUUGAGAUCGAAAUGUUUGGUAUUAGAUGAUAACAACACUCUUGGAUUUCGAAUUAAAGACUUUAUUAAUGAAUAUCGUGUCAUAACCCACAUUGAUAUUGAUCUCGCCAACUUGCCACAUGAAAGACUAAGUUUACCAUUUAAAAUUCUUACUAUCGAUUUGAAUUGUGAGGAUACAAUGAAAAUGUUGGUACAAAAGUCCGUUGUACCUGUAAAUAUGAUUAAAUCUGGUAACCUUACUGCUGUCGUAUAUUGGUUCGUAUUGGACUUGGAUGAUACUCAUAAAAUAUCAACUGGACCUAAUGCCUACGAAACGAGUUUUUGGCAUCAAGCUGGCGUUGUUUUUAAAACUGAAACGGCCGUUCAAUGCGAUCAAAAAAUUAUAUUAUCAUGCUCAUUAUCAAUUAGUACAUUAGAUAUCAUAAUUACGAAGGAUGAAUAA